AUGGCCGCGGAACAAAUUCUUGUUAACGGGGUCACUGAAAUCAUUAAUAAGGUGCUACCUGUUAUUGGUCAACAGAUUUCUUCGGCAUGGGGUGUCAAGGAUGACUUAAGGUACCUCAAGGAUACCUUAGAGUUGAUUCAAGCUCUGAUUCAUGAUGCGGAGAUGAAACAAGUUAAUAAUGCUGCUGUGAGACUUUGGUUGAGAAUGCUUAAAGACGUUGUUUACGAUGCAGACGACGUUAUGGAUGAGUUCUCUUACCAAACCAUGAGUUCUAAUAAACAAUCAAAGGUACAAGCUCUUGUUUCAUCCUCCAACCCACUUGUAUUUCGUUUCAAGAUGGCAAGUAAAAUUAGAGCCAUCAGUGAAAGGUUGGAUGAAAUUUUCAAAAACAGUGAUAGGUAUAUGUUGCGAAAUACUGGUACGUCACAAGAAAAUCAAACUAGGGAGCUGAUAAAAAAACGUAAUCGAUUAACCUCAUCGGAUGUAGACGAUUCAUUACUUCUGGGGAGGGAGGGUGCAAAAUCAGACAUAAUAAACUUAUUGAUCGACAAGCCGUCGCCAUCUGUAUCUUCAUCAUCAUCAUUACAACCAGAAAUCAUUUCCACUCUAUCCAUAGUGGGUAUGGGAGGGCUGGGUAAAACUACAGUAGCUCAAAUGGUCUACCAAGAUGAACACAUAGUGAGAAACUUUGAGCGCAGAGCUUGGGUCUGUGUCUCUGAUACUUUUGAUAUCUUUAAGAUUUUAGAAGAUAUCAUCGAGUCCAUUACUGGGAGGAAUUGUGAGAAUAUACCAAAUGUCGACAUUCUGGCUAGACAAGUCAAGGAAAAAUUGAUUGGUAGGAAGUAUUUGCUCGUACUCGACGAUUUGUGGAAUGAGGAUCUUGAAGAUUGGGAGAAAUUGAAAAAGUUCCUUAACUGUGGCGGUUUGGGCAGCAAAAUAUUAAUCACAACACGCAGCCAAAAGGUCGCUUCUUGUGUUGGAGGUGCGUUUUACAAUUUAAAAAAAUUAUCAGAUGAUGUUUGUUGGUCCAUUAUCGAGAAGAAACUAUCGUUCCAAGGUGGAGCAGCGCUGACUCCAGAAAUGAUAAAUAUUGGCAAGGCUAUAGCGGAAUCAUGUGGUGGUUUACCACUUGCAGCAAACUUUUUAGGCAGUUUAAUGUUUUCGAAAAGAGAACGAAGUUACUGGUUAUCAAUCGCAGACAGUGAUAAUUUGUGGAAGAAACAUUAA